GCCCGCCUCUUCCCCAGACUCCGGAGUAGGAAGCGGCUUCGGAGCCCGGGGUUUGAGUCGUCGCUUCUGCCGUCCGAACUGAGACCCCGAGCCGGAAGUCCGCGGCGGAUGGCCGAGCCAGCGGGCAAGUGCAGGCGCUGACGGGACGCGAAGGACCGGGCCGGCCUAAGACGGAGUGAAGCAGGGGCAGCGGCGGCGGAGGCCGGGCCACCAAGCGGCGGCUCCUGCCCCUCCCCCCUCCCCCCGCGCAGCAUUAUGGAUCCGAGCUUGUUAAAAGAACGCGAGCUCUUCAAGAAACGAGCCCUCUCCAAUCCAUCAGUAGAAAAACGUCCAGCACUUUCUGAGUCGUCCUCAUCUUCUAAGAAGAAGAAAGCCAAGGUCGAGCAGGGAGGAUCGUCAGGCUCAAAACAAAAUUCCGAUCACAGUAAUGGAUCCUUUAACUUCAAAGCCCUUUCCGGAGGCUCAGGAUACAAAUUUGGAGUUCUUGCGAAGAUUGUAAAUUACAUGAAGACCCGACACCAGAGAGGCGACACACACCCACUGACUUUAGAAGAAAUUUUGGAUGAAACUCAGCAUUUGGACAUAGGGCUGAAGCAGAAACAGUGGCUGAUGUCUGAGGCACUAGUCAACAACCCCAAAAUUGAAGUAGUCGAUGGGAAGUACACCUUCAAGCCCAAGUACAACCUGAAAGAUAAGAAGGCCUUACUUCGGCUCCUAGACAAGCAUGACCAGAGAGGCUUGGGAGGAAUCCUCCUAGAAGACAUUGAGGAGGGGCUGCCCAAUGCCCAGAAAGCCAUCAAGGCCUUAGGGGACCAGAUCAUCUUUGUCACACGUCCUGACAAGAAGAAGAUCCUUUUUUACAACGAUAAGAGCUGUCAGUUCACCGUGGAUGAAGAAUUUCAAAAACUUUGGAGGAGCGUCACUGUGGAUUCUAUGGAUGAGGAGAAAAUUGAAGAGUAUCUCAAGCGACAGGGUAUUUCUUCCAUGCAGGAGUCUGGACCGAAGAAAGUGGCUCCCAUUCAGCGAAGGAAGAAACCUGUCUCACAGAAGAAACGGAGAUUCAAGACUCACAAUGAGCACUUGGCCGGAGUCUUGAAGGAUUAUUCUGACAUUGCUCCGGGCAAACACAGCAUUAGUUAAGCUCUAGGAGGGGUGCCCACUUGUGGGGAAACAGCAGCCCUGGGAAAACCUGGAUCGUCCAGGACAGUGACCCGAGCACUGCCUCUUGUUGGACAGUGAAAGACAACUUGAAGGCAUGGCUGAAACAUUCGGAUUUUAUUUCCAAAGGACUUGAUCAACAGCUCACUCAGACGUUGCAGGCUUGGGAAGUCGUGGUCUGAUGCAGCCUUCCAGAAUCCAGAGGACAUUGUCUGGUUCUCCUUGUGGGCUACAAAGGAAUCGGUUUUGUAUCUAAAAGUGGCAUCCAUUGGCUGGAUGGCAGACACUGCUCUUGUCCCCAGCUACCUUCUGCUUUUUGUCCUCACCUUCCUUUUCAUCUUUCCCUUACUGAUUCUUCUUUGGACUUUCUCCCUGGUCUCUGUUUCACUAUCAGUGUACCAUUAAUGAUGCCCUUGGGGAUGACUGAAGGGAGGAGAAGGAAUUUGGGGCGCUUGUAGGAAGACUUUGGGUUUCCAUGGCCCCUAAUUCAAAAGCCACAUGGCGGUGCUCUGCACCUCGGUUCUCGUGACAGCUUAUGACCAGAAGGAUUGCCUCAGACCAUGUCUACCUCCCGGAGUCUCCAGGUGCAGACUGUUACAGAGGAGAAAGUGAAACAUUCUGGGCGAGUGAUACUGUAUUAUUAUGAAUGCAGAGGAAAUUUUUCUGAACUAAACAAAAGCAGGAAUUUAUUGUUCAGGUCUGUAUGGGAAAUCGAGUUAGUUAACCACAUCUAUAGAAACGGUUUGGCUUAAUGGAAAAGGCACUGAACCUUUGGAGUCAGUCCACAUGGAUAAUUCCCAGCUGCAGCGUGCAUGAAUCACAGGACCAUAGGUUUAGAGCUGAGUGGAACUUCCAUCAUCAUUGAAUACAGCCACCUUAUUUAGCUGAAGGUCCAUGGGCUGACGGAGCCAGCACUCAAAGCCCCAUCCUUGAACUCGGAAUCUCUGCCAUACCAUGCUGAUUUUUCUUGGUUCAAAAGGUCCAACUUUUUCAAGGGAAGUGGCGAUAUUUUGUAUUUGUAUACAUUUGGGGGGAGAGGGUUCUAUUUUUUAAAUUUAAUUUUUAAAUUCUAAAUUUAACAAACAUCAAAAACAAAACCAAUCAGCAUCUCCAUAUACAAAGCAGAGCACAAAAGAUCUCGGAAACCCUGAACCGUUGCAUUUCAUAUGCUUUUUAAAAUGCAUAUAAUAAAUAAAACAUGUUACUUUCAAAA